AUAUUCACUGCAUGGAUACGCCUAGUAAACAAGAGUUUAGCUCUCAGCUCCGCCUACCUCCUGGUCACACUGCCCCGCCUGUUCUGGAAGGCGUGUCCCGCCCCUCCGCCCAGUGCUCUAUCCUGGAGACGGGUGUAGGGGGCGUGUACAGUGUAGAGCUGGGUGGGCUAGAAGGGUGUGGUGUGAGGGAGUGCAUUGAACAAGGAGAAACAUGGUUAUGUCUUCUAAUCAGACUCCCUUUACUUCAAGGUUUGAUGCUACCUGAAGAUGAGAUAAUUGAUAUAAAAUGUCGACCCCAGGAUAGAAGUGUUGCAGGCAACAAUGCUAUAAACUUCCAGGAGAAUUUGGAAUAUGAAGAUGGGACGGGGAGAGGAAAGCGUAGAAUGUUUGGAAGGGUUGAGCAGAAAUCUCCAAUAAUAUUUUCUGGAGGGGGCCAAGAAUUCCUAUCCGAGAUCGGACUCUUUAGAAAACUUGCAGGAACUGAGCUGUUUGCUGCCCGCGUCAAAUCAGGAAGUUCUAUUGAACUUGGAGAAAAUGUUCAGCUAAGAAGUAUUGUUAGAUCCGGAGAUGGAUGGAAUUAUUCCAGGCUCACGGAUAUAGUUGUUCACAGAGUGCAGGGAGGGAAGACACUGUCUGGUCCAGGAAACAGCGUGAAAUUGGUUCACUCAGAUGGGUGUAGGGAUCCUAACUAUAAGGCGCUGGCCCCCUACCCACCCUGGAGGGACGAAUCCAACCAUCUAAUCAAUAAUUUUGAUUUUCGAGUUUUCAUGUUUCAAGAUAUGGCAGAGGAUGAUGCGAUUAUGAUCACUGCUCAGGUAGUAGCGUGUGUAGAGGAGGCUGACUGCCAGGUAUUCUGCGGGGAUAGAGUGCGCCGGAGCGAGGAUAGCGCGUCGAGCAGAACACGGCGUUCUACAAUCGGUAAAACAGAAGGAUGGGAGGAAAACCUGGAGAUUAAGGUGACUCUGCCUGACUCCGUAUCGAAGGAUGACUCGAACCCUGUUGUUGAAUGUCGUCUUUAUCUGAUAUUAACCCUGGCGACAGCUCUAACCUUCUGCCUUCUAUCAGCUGCUAUAGUGCUAGUGGCCUGCUACAAAAGAUGGCGGGAGACGAAGUCUAACAAUAAAGAAGUUUCUGAUUGUGACACCAGCUCUGAGAGUAUGACGAGCAAAGCGAGUUCUGAAACCGGUCCUGAGUCUCAGUUGCCCGCAUACUAUCUAGUUCCCUAUGCCGCCCGCACCCCGCAACCCAGGCCGGUCACGGUCCGCAGUGUAAAGAGGCGUGACCGGGGGAAGAGCCUAGAACGAAGGGGCGUGGCAGGGGAGGGGGAGGGAGGGUUUAGAUCCCAGCCCGCCCACCAGACCACCCUAGGACAGGAUGACAGGGCUGUUAUGGUUUAAUAUUGGUCCAAUUUGUGCAUGAUUCGAACCGG